AUGUCGCGGACGGCAGAGCUCCUACGCCUGUCACCCUGUUCCGAGAACGAGUUCAUUUGUUGCGAGAAGGAGUCCGAUUGGGACAAAGAGAAAGCCAAACUGCAAGACCGAGUCCGUCGUGUUAAUCUAGACGAAGUGCCCAUCUCUAGCCGUGCUGGCGGAGAUGGACGGAUCAAAGGCCAUUUUGCAUCCUACAUGAACAAGCAGGAGAACUUGCACAAAUGGAAGAAAUUGGACCAUUUUACCUUUUCCAAUCAGCCACUCGACAAGGCGCACAUUAGAAGCAUGCUCAAAAAGCGACGGAACCUACGAAUCGAUCAGAUGCAGACACCCAGCCCUGAAGUAGUCAAAUCGCUCACGGAUGCCGGUAUCUCACCUCACCACAAGCAACUAGCAGAAAUGUUUGCCGAAGACGAUGCUGAAGUAUUAAGAGCCAUACCUGCUGCAUCUUUCUGGAGAGAAGGCAAGAUUGUAGGCCCAGAUAUGGUGGGCUUGGUGCACUUGGAACAGGCUCGGUUGAAUGCUAUCCGACGGUGCAAGGCUGAGCUUGAGGCGGAGGAGGCUGAGGUGGAGGCAGAAAAGAUCCCUGAAGAACCAGAGAGUCGUAGAAAGCGGACUCUGGACCCGGUCUUUCCAUCAUCACCACGGCCAGCUCGAAAGGUUGCAAGACGCGAAGUUUCCGAUCUCCGUCACAAAGAAGAUGCAAAGCAGGCCGACAUGACGAGUAGCGCAAACGUCAAUGAAGCGGUAUCUAGCAUGGAAGGCACCUCCGGAAACGCCAACGCAGUGAGCAGUUCUGAAAGAAGCGCCUCGACUAAGAACGUCAUCAAAGAAGAACCUUUGGACGAGGAUAGCUUCGGAGUGAACUAUGAGGCAGCCGAAACUCACGGAGGAGAUGCCUUGGAUGAGGAGGAGGAUGCUAUGAUGAGGACUGUAAUCAAGAGAGACGAUAGUGUAUGA